AUGUCCGAAGAGGAGCCCAAGACCAACCAUGGCAGCUGCCACUGCAGCAACUUCGCCUUCACCGUCAAUGUCCCCAAGAUCAACAGGGGCGCAAGAUGCAACUGCUCCCUCUGCCACCGCAAGGGCUACUUCUGGCUCAGCGUGACCCCCGAGCAGUUCAAGGCGGAUGAGGGCACGGGCGAACUAGCCUCUAAGAAGGUGGAUGAGAGUUUUAUUGCGGUGAAUUUGAAUACCGUCAAGGAUCUUGAUAGGAAGGCCCCCGAGGUUAAGGCGGCCCGACAUAUCUACAACUGCAGCAUCUGCACCAUUCACGCCAACGUCAUAUCCUACCACGAGCGCCACCACUACCAAAUCACCGGCAUCGAGAACACAACCGCCUAUUUCAUGGGCGACAAGUGGAUCGCGCACCGGUUCUGCAAGAGGUGCGGGACACCCGUAUGUCUAGAUACCCAGACCGGGCCGCCGGCGCAUGUGCUCGCCAAGAUCCCGGAGUUCUACCACCCGAGGCUGAAGGCGUAUCCGACGAACUUGAGGGUGAUUAAUGGGUUGGAUUGGAAGGAGUUGGGGAUAAAUGAGUUGGCGCCAGGUCAGGGGGCAGAUGCAAAUUGA